AUGGCUGCGGAUGCUGCGGAUGCUCUCCUCCCGCACCGCAUCCCCGGACCAUGCCUCCUGCUCCUCCUGAUCGCAUCCGCUCUCCCCACACCGAGCCACGGGCUGCUGGGCUUCCGACCGGAGGACACGGGAGGAGAUCUAUCCGUGCAGGACGGGCUGCUGAAGGCCACCGAAGGGACGCGGUUCAUGUUACGCGUGUACUAUGCAGCAUCUCCGCAGAGGCUCAACCGGACCGUCAGCAGCGCCGGUGGCACAGCCGCGCCGUGGAUCGCUUUCAUAGAAGAACCGGAGCCGGGCAGAGAGGGGCAGGUGCAUCCCAAACGCAACUUGUGCGUGGAGGAGAGCGCCAGGAGCUCUGAUAUAGAGCUCCUCGGAUCUUUUAAGUCAGCCUCCAGCCAGAACUCCAUCCUGGUGGAGCUGGUCGCCAAAGACUUGCGGAGAGGAGAGAACAUCAAGUAUUAUUCCAUGUGCGCCUUUGACGGGAUCAAAUGGGAGCACUAUCGGACGCGCGACUUCUGGCUGGCGGUGGUGGAGCGGCCGCCGCAUACGGACGGGUGGCUGCAGGCGGGACUGUCGGUGCUGCUUCUGGCGCUUUCCGCGCUCUUCAGCGGGCUGGUGAUCAGCAUGCUCGCGCUGGACCCGGUGGAGCUCAAAGUGCUGCAGAACAGCGGCACAGACAAGGAGCAAAAGUACGCGCACAAGAUCGAAUCGGUGCGCAAACACGGCAACUACGUCCUGUGCACCUUGGUGCUGUGCAACGUGCUUACCAACACUUUCCUGGUGGUCUGGAUGUGCCAGAUCCUCGGAGCAACGCCCGUCUCCACUGCGGCGUGCACUUUUCUCAUCUUCUUCAUCGGAGAGAUCCUGCCGCACUCCGUUGCGUCCAGGCACGGGCUGGCUAUCGCGUCCAAGACCGCAUGGUUAACCAAGAUGCUGAUGCUGCUGACUUUCCCCAUUACAUAUCCUAUCAGCAAACUCCUAGACAAUAUGCUGCACCAGGAAAUCAGCAACUUCUACACCCGUGAGAAGCUACUGGCUAUGCUGAGAGUUACCGACCCAUAUCAUGACCUGGUGAAAGAGGAGCUGAACAUCAUCCAGGGAGCUCUGGAACUCAGGAGCAAAACGGUGGAAGAUGUGCUGACCCCUCUCAAUGACUGCUUCAUGCUGGCCUCGGAUGCCAUUCUGGACUUCUACACCAUGUCAGAUGUAAUGCAGAGCGGAUACACUCGCAUUCCUGUGUUUGAGAACGAACGGUCUAAUAUUGUCGAUAUACUUUUCGUCAAAGAUCUGGCCUUUGUUGAUCCAGAUGACUGCACGUCGUUAAAAACCAUCACACAGUUCUACAAGCACCCGCUGCACUGUGUCUUUAACGACACCAAACUGGAUGCAAUGCUGGAGCAAUUCAAGAAAG